UUGUAACGUCCCUUUCUAUUGGUGGAAAUUUUUCUAGAGAAUAGUAACUGCCAAUCACAGUUGGUGUUGGUUAGGUCUAUUUAGUAUGGACGAUCUCACAGCUGUCCACCUCAAGACGAGAAAAGCGUAGUGGACUCACUCAGCGUCUGUCGACUGUCAUUAGCAGUACUAAAUGUAGUCUGUUCAGAACUUUGUAUUAAUCAUGGCUGCCAUGCCAGCUUUAGGCUUUUUUUAGUAUUUGGCUCUGGAACCUUUUGUUCCAGCAGCAUUUUUAGUCUUUUGCCUCUGUAGUCGCUUUAAUUGAGAAGAGAGAGAGAGAGUAUCAAAUUGUCACCUCACAAUGGAGAUUUUUCUCCUAUAACCGCUACUAAAGCGGUGUAAGUACGGGAACAUCAAGUAUGGGAUCAACGUACGAAUCCAUCAUUUCAUGGGUUCAUGAACGUGUGUCUUUAAGCCGCUGAGACGCCUCUGAAUCGAUGGCCGUCCUAGCUUGGGGUAUGCUGUCUCCUGUCCAUCUGGACGUGUAGAGCUCGAUCACCGAGCCUAGAUUCAAUUUGAAGAAACAGCUAUGAGGUAACAACUUUUUUCCAAAUUAAACGAACGUCCCAGGAACUCCGGAUGUGACAAAAUGGGUUUUAGUGACGACAGACUUUCAAUCAAUUAAAACGUGCGGAAUUAGACUUUUGUUAAAUCAUAAUUUUGAGAUAUUAUUGGGGAUAGAUAGAUUAUUAAUUUUAUUAAUUUGGUUUGAGUAAUAGAUUUUCGGUUGUAUCUUUACAUUGAAAAGUGAGGCCAUAUUUUCUCUGUAAGGAUCCAGCUGGGAAUUUCAGUUUUCUUUAAAUUUAUAAAUAAUUAUAAUCUUCUAAACUACUAAAAGUUGAAUGAGUACAUGAAUUUUUAAAUGUCCCUUAUUGAUUAAAUUAAUGUUUUAAAAUAAUUCUCAUCUUAAAGUUGUAAAGGAUCAAAUGAAGUUUCAAGGACCCUAACCUUUCCUAAAUUUGUUUUGAUGACAUAUAUUUUUGAAUAGUUUUUUUUAAGGUAGUAUACCAUGAUGUGAUACUUGAGGAAUGUUUGUCCUUGCAGCGUUCAUGAUAUAAAGAUACUAAAUAGUUAUUAUUGGGGGGGAUCAUUAAUAUUUGAUAAUGUUUUGAUAGUGUUUUAAAGUUUCCAAGUGUGUUCAAAAUUUAAUGUUCUAAGAAUUUUAUGAAUUUUAUGUGGAUCUUUUCUUAAAAUAUUUAUUGUUAUUUAUGAUUAACUUCUGAGACAUAUCGAUGAUAAUUUUCAAUAAUUGCUCUUUUGAAAUUAGAGUCCUUUAAGCUUUUAUGAUUCAAUCUAAAACGUUUUAAAAUGUAGAGCAUACAGAGUAGGUUAUUACCGAAUUAAGUAUAUCAGAGAUAACUUUCUAAAUUUAGUAAUUUUAUUUUCGGUUUUCAUGAUUCUUCUUCUUGUUUUAUUUGUUGUUUAUUGAUUUCUUUGUUUUAUUAACUUCUUUGUUUUAUUAAUUGUUGAAUUCACUGUAAGAGGUGACAAUAUAAUUGAUACCUUCUCUCUAUUUCGUUGUCUCUCUUGUCAUUUCUGGUUUCCCGUUCUCUAGCACUAGGUAUGUUUAUCAAGCAUCCCUUUUAUUAAGUUAUAUUGUGUGUGCUUCUAAAUUCUAAAUUCAAAAUUAACUUUCUAAAUUCAAAGCACGGCACAAUUCGCUGCGCCACUCUGCUACUUUCUUGAUUUUUUUAAUGUAUUGAUCACGAUUUAUUCUUGAAAAGGCUUGAUAACAUACUUGUGGCCGGGGAAUUCUCGAUUCCAGUAAUGAGUUUGCAUCAGCAGACGGCUGCUGAGUUUUGAUUUGAUGUGAACUUGAAGCUAAAGUAACUUAGAAUUUAUUGUUUGAGACAAAGAUUUUAUCUAUAUUAUUAUCAUGACUGACAACAAUGUGUCAGUGACUGCUCAAAGUUCUGGACCGUCUGUCCAAGAGACCCAAACGCCCGGGACAACUGAUCCGGCGCCAAGAGAAUUAUUCUGGAUAGUCAAAAGUGAGGUUGAGUCACGUUUGUCUUCUAGUGGUCCACCUGGAUUACUAGCUAGACCUUUAAAUCCUAAUCAUUUGGUCAAGGGUGAAUUAUUUUUUGAGAUAGAAACCUUGGGAACGCCAAGUAGUAAUCUUAGUGAUCUUAGUGUGGAUGAGUUAAGAAAGAAAUACAGGGAGUUACGAAAGGAAAACAUUGAGAGUAAUGGUAAAAUAUUCCGUGGAGUAUUCAAUCCUCAAUCAGCUUUGGCCGAAUUGGUGCCUAUUAGUAAAAUUAUAUCAAAUCUUGAUAGUUGGAGUACUCAAAUUGCAGCUGCAGUUGAGGGUGAUAGUCGAAAGGAGUUGUUCUAUAAAUGUCAUUCAAAUGUGUUGCAUGCUGCAAAUAGAAUCAUUCAUUUGUUAACUUAUGCCCGUGAAUCCUCUAAUGAAAAUUUAAUUUCAGAAUUGAAUCGAUAUUUGGACGCUUUGUGUGAGACAAAUGCGCGCUUAAUUGAGUGGCAGCAUUGCAUAGCAAGCCGGGGUGCAUCGCCUAUCCCAUAUUCGACUGCAAUGUCGAGCCCUGCCGUUGGGGAUGCCGAAGCUGGGACUUCUCGAACUGUCGUGGCACCGUUCGUCAGUGCUGGUAGGCCAAACACUUCCCAGGUUGGUACAGAGACUGGUGCAUUGCCCCGUGCGCGCCACCCGAACUUAACCUUGACUAUACCGCCACCAAUGUCUCACAAUUUUGUCCCGGUCGCUCAAAACCAAACUAGAGUCAAUCAAAAUUACUCAGCUAUGGAUUCACAUGCCCACAUGGAACCAAAUUCAUUUGCGAGAGACACGGUCCCAUCAUCAUUUGGAACUCUGUAUAACAAACUUCAAAAUCCCAUUGAGAGCCUGUUGAAGGAUCUACCUGUAACGGAUGGUCUGACGGUGGAAAAAUUAUUGAAAUUCAUUAGUGUUGCUUUAAAAAUUCAGAAUCAAUUUGGUAUAGGGGAUAACCAAUUAUUUCAACUAUUACAGCCUUUUGCACUCGGUCCCUUGUGCGACCGAUUGAGUUUUGCAGUUAAUUCUGGCAAUACUUUCGACCAAUUUCAUGGAGACAUUUUGAGAUAUUUUAUUCCUCAGAGACUGCUUUCUGCUAUUGAAAGACAGGAGUUUUAUCGCCUCCAAAGAUCCAAAGAGCCGUUGUCUAGUUACAUUGUAUCAGUAAGAGAGGCUGCUUGUCUGCUCAGACUCAAUUUACAGGAGUCGGAGAUAGUGCAUACUAUAUGUUCAGGUUUGAAUCCAGAGGAAAGGUCUCGCCUCAUUUUUCUAGGUCGUCCCACAACUUUUCAGGAGUUAAAUGCGAUGAGUGUACAAGCUCAAAACUUGACUUUUGCCGACCAGGAGCGAGUCCACAUUGAACGAUCUAGAGUUAAUAAUCCCCAUCAACAAGAAAAUUCGAGAGGCUAUAGUGAUAAGAAUUGUUUCAACUGUGGUAAGAGAGGUCAUUUAGCUCGAUAUUGUAGGUCAAGACCAGUUAAUCAGGAGACCCAAAAUCGUAGCAAUGUUGAAACUGCCAAGCCGAAUCAGAAUGUUUCCAACAGGAAUGCAAAUGUCAAAUGUUUUACAUGUAAUCGUUUGGGUCACUACUCUCGAGAUUGUAGGUCAAAGAAGACCUGACUAGUGAAUUCAUGUUCAAAAUUUAAGCCCGGUAAAAAUUGUAAUGCAAGACGGAUUUCCCGGAAAAUAAAUUCGAAUGAAUAUGAUUGUCAUUCCAAAAGUAAGGUUAUUUCAUGUUUCUCCUCUUUCAAUAAAUGUAACACGAAAUUUUCAAAUAAGAGUCAUCAAGCUCUGCACAAACGUCACCCAGCUAAACCCAAAGUCAAAGCUGCUACUGAUGAUGUUAUGCCUAUUAUCAGAUGUCAGUUGGGAGUAUGUGGAUAUGACACACCUGCAUUGAUAGACUCAGGUGCGGUGAAAUCAAUUAUUUCUAAAUCUGUUCUGGAUAAAAUGCUUGCUAACGGUGCAAAUAUCAGUUAUUUUGAGGAAAACUUUGUCUGUACUACGGCUAAUCAAACCACUUUGCUUCUCAAGAAAUCGGUGUAUUUAAAGAUUAAAAUUGAAAAUUUCACUUGGAAAUUUAAAUUUUUUUUGGCGGAAAAUUUAGCAGUCCCCAUUAUCUUGGGAUGUGAUUUCAUUCUUCAUUCUCAAUUGGUACUAAACCUUUUUAAUAAAUGUUAUUUUUUUGGUUUCAAACCAAAUUUCAAAUUCAUGUUUGUAAACAACUGGAAAUCUCUAGUAUCUUCACUGACUGCUUCGGUCGGAAUCCCGGACAUGAAUGGCGACUUGUCUAUAGAGGAGAAAGCUCGUUUGGAUGAAAUUCUUCACAACUUCAAUGAUGUUUUAACCAAGAGACUAGGCAAAACAAAUCUCAUGGAAUAUAAGAUCCGGUUAACAUCAACAGAGCCGGUGCGAAGACCUCCUUAUCAGUUGAAUCCAAUAAAGAGAGAGAUUGUUGAUACUAAGGUUAGGAAAAUGCUUCAAGAAGGUGUAAUAGAAAGAGCUAUUUCCAAUUAU